AUGCAUAAGAAAUUAUGUUUCAUAUUAUCAUUGACCGUUCUUCGCUAUUGGACCGAAGCAUCGCCAGUGAACCUAGGCACUCUGGAAUUCGAUAGACUAGAUACAGAUUUGGACGACCUUAAAUAUGAAGUUGAAGAAGAAGACCUUGACGACUUAACGAAAUAUCUGGACGAUAGAGCUGAAAUAAAUGGAAAUGAAGAUAAAUCUAAAACCAAGUUGAAAGCAUCAGGUUUUAGGAAAAAUGAUAAAACGAAUAAAGGUCUGAAAAGCAAGCAUAACAUUCUAGAUCUGAAAAAAUUGUUUCAAAUCAUAGGAGCCAAAGAUCAGGGAUCAUUCAGUGAUGAUGAAAUUUUUGCGGCUGCUGAAGGACUAGCUGCUGAAGCAGUUGGUGCUAAAGGAAAGGAAGAAAGAAAGUUUAAGAAAGGUACAAAAACUAGAGGAUUCCACCGAGUGCAUCAUAAAGACGAAUAUAAGAAAGACAAGGAGUUCUACGAAGAUGAUGAAACUACUGGAUCUAUAAAGAAAGUAGGAGGAAAGGCAGUUGGAUAUAAAAUUGGUGGCGGCAUAGGUUUCGACAAAGGGCAUUUUCACCAUGAUCGUCAAAAAGGGAUUUUCGGAAAACAAGGAUAUUUGGAUAAAGGAUUUAUAAAUAAAGAGUACAGUGAUUUUUCCGACGAUCAAGGAUACGAAGGUUCCUACAACUCUGAUAGUUGA